UUUGAUUUUGAAGUGCAUAUGUAGGUACCUACGAAUUUUUUCUAUUGACAAAACCAAAGAGUAAAGUAGGUAAUUUGCCUAUAAUUCUAAAAUCCGAUGAUGACGGAAUUUGACAAUUUGUAUUUUGUAAUCUUCUAAAUGACUAUUUAAUAUUAAAAAAUAUAGGUUUUUAUCCAUAUACGUUAGGCAAAAUCGCUUCAGUUUUCAUAUACACAGUGUUUAAAGAUGCAGUAAAAUAGACUUCUGAAUUUAAUUAUGGAUAAUUCUGAUGCGAAGAGCCAAGACGUUGGUGCCAAGAAAAGUCCAUUUGAUGAUUUAAGUAGAGAAGAUUUAAUAGCAAAAUGUAAGGGUCUACUCGUCAUAGCGCAAAAGGCAAAACAAGCGAAAUCGGAAUUCCAAAAUGAAGUAAAUCAAUAUAAAACUCAGCUUGAACAGUGUGAAAGGGAAAAGAAAGCUAAAGAUGAUAGUGUGCAUACAUUACAAGAACUUGUUGAUUCCUUAACUGAGCAAAAAUUGACAUAUAUAACUGAAAUUGAUAAUGCACAGAGUAAAUUGAAAAUUCUUACUAAUAAAUGUAAUCAAUAUGAAGAGAAUAUAAACAAACAAAAGGUUGAAUUCAGCUUAAAAGAAAAAGACUUUGCAGUAGCUUCACAAAAACUUUCAGAUCUUGACAGUGAGAUAAUUUCACUUAAAAGACAAAAUAAAAGACUUUUAGAUGAAAAUGAACAACUUAUUACACAACUCACAGAACUUGAAGCUAGAACAGAAGAAUUUAAUAAAAUUGGACUGCAACAAAGAGAUCAACUAAAAAGUUUAGAAGAAAAAGUUCAACAAGAUGAAACAUAUCAAAUAAAAAUCGAAGAACUUAAUAAUAAAAUUAAAUAUUUAGAAGAUAAAUUAACAGAAACAAUGUGUCCAAAAAAUGAAAAACAAUUGCAAGAUUUGGAAAUCAAAAUAAAUGAAUUAACAAAUUUGUAUGAAUCUGAAAAGUCUAAAAAAGAAAAGGCAAAUAUCAAACUAAGAAGCUAUAAAGAUAAAAUUCUUAAAUGUGCUACUUGUAUAAACCAAUUAAAGAACUCUAGAUUUAUUUUAGCAAAAACUGUAAAAGAAUAUUCCGAAAACAUUCCAAAAUGGCAAAAUGAAAUUAUCAAAGCAUCAAAGGUACUUGAGGGUCAAAUGACAGAGCUAAGUAAUGAAAACAUUAACUUAAAAGAUAAACUUCAACAAAAACAAAAGGAAUUCGAAGAAAUAUCUGAAUCAUACAGCACUGUAAGUAACCAAGUGAUUGAAUUAAAAGAUGAAAUAAAAAUAUUAAACAUUGAGCUAUCUAAUUUAAAACAACAACUAUCAGAAUCAAAUAAUUGUAAUAAUGAACUAAAGAAGGAAAUUGCACACUUAAAGCUUGAUGAAGGAAGUUUGGUAAAUAUUAAUGAAUAUAUUGUCGAAAAUAAUGUACUUAAAGAAAAACUACACAAUGUGCAAAUGCAGCUUCAUUCUGUUACUGAUGAAUCAAAACAACUGGAACUUGAUAUUGAAAAGUUAAAGAAUGAAAAUUUGAAAUUAAAUGAAUUAUCUGAAAUAAAUAAGAGGAUUGAAGAAGCGCAACAAAAAAUUGUCUUACAAUUAAAAGCUUUAGAAUCUGAAAAAUAUAUUUUAGUUAAAGAAAAACAACAUGCAAAAGAUAGUGUGAUAGAUUUGGAAAAUCAAAAUCAAAUAUUAAAUGAUCAAAUCACUCAAAUGAAAAAUGAAAUUAAAGAAUUAAAACAACUCACAGAAAAUCAAACAUUGGAAUUAAAAAACAUGAAUGAUAAAUACAUUAUUGAAAGAGAGCAGUUUGUAAAUCAAUUGAAAAGUGAAGCAAUCAUUUCCAAAGAAAAAUAUGAUAGUUUGAAAAAAGAGUAUGACAAUCAGUUAGAUUUGAAUGGAUUACUACAAGAAGAAGUCGAAACAUUAAAACUUUCACUGGAACAACCAAAAGACGAUACAGAUAAUUUAUCAGAUGUAAAUGUUUCCUUACAAGCUGACAUUUUUAAGCUAGAAACUAAGCUGUCUGCAUAUAAACAAGAAAAUGCCUCAUUGUUGAUAGAAGUUAAAGAAUCGCGCAGUAAAAUUAAAGAGUACGAUAAUCUAGUAGCUGAAUAUGAAGAAGCAAGUGCUAAACUCGUAGGAUAUAAAUCUGAAAAUGCGGAGCUACUGAAUGAAAUGAAAGAAAUUAAUCAAGUUCUUAAAGAGAGAGGAGAAGCUAUAUCUAAAUUGCAAAAAGCUAUAUCGGAAAUGGAGAAACUUAUAGAAACUUUAGAGAAAGAUAAAGAUAUGAUUAAAGAAGAAAGAGAUAAUUUACUUAAGAAAAAUUAUAGCAUAGAAGAUGAUUUAAAAAAUGCAAAAGAAGAAGCUUCAAACUCGAUAGAGAAGAUUAAAUGUGAAAGAGACGCUGCAAUAAAAAAUCUUGAAGAGAAAGAUGCUGUAACUUUAGGAUUGAAAGAAGAAUUGGAGAAGUUAAGACAACAAGCUUCUAAUGCUAUGGAUCUACCUAAUGAAGAUAUGUCUACAUCAACUAUAUCAAGAGCUGAAGAUCAUAUACGUAUGAGAGAGUUGGACGAUUCAUUUGAGGAUAAAUACACAAAGCUAAGGAUGUUUGCUUUAAAGCUUAAAAAGAAACUAAAUGAAACCAUAGCCCAAUUACAAUCUUCUGAACAGGAAAAAGCUAAGUUAAAGAAGUUGAUAACUGAUAAUGAUUUAGAACAUAAAUCCAAGGAAACCAGAGAAGAUUAUGUUUUGGAUAAUCCUGGAAUUAAUGAAAAAGAUGUACAAAAAUCUAAUUCUGUUGAAUUGGAAGUGAAAGUAAAGAACUUAACAUCAGAUCUCGAGGCUGCUACUAAGGUUAAUGAAAAAGUAAAGCAUUUAGAAGCUGAACUCAUGCUAAAGAGUCAACAACUAACUGCUGAGUUGGAAGCACAUAAAAUUACAAAAGGUCAGCUAGAAAAGGCUCUAAAAGAUGUUAAGAAAAAGAAUGUCUUGAGUCUUGAGAUGGAGGACUACGAGAGGUCUAUGAAAGAACUUACUACUAAAAUGGAAGAAAAUAAAAAAAAAAUGAUCCAGAUGGAGUCAACAAUUGAUACGCAAGAAGGAACAAUAACAGCAAUGAAAACACAAAUCAAAUUGUUAGAGGAACAAAUAAAAACGGAAGAAACGCAAAAUAGACUUCUCAAAGAAGAAUUACAACAGGCUAUUGAUGACAGUAAAGAAAAAGAUGAUGUAAUUAACCAAAAGAAAGAUAUUAUAACAAAAGUUAUGCAGGACCUAGAAGAUCAAAAGAGAAAACACGAGGAUGCUGAGUUAGAAAUGACCGCAGUUUUAACUGAAAAGGAAAAAAUUAUCAUAAAUUUCGGAGAAGAAAAAUUGGAAUUAAACAAUAAGAUGAAAAAAUUAGAAUUAAAAUGUGCUGAGUAUGAAGAGAAGUUGCGUAUAACGAACAUAGAACUAGCAGAUUUGAAGACAGAAUAUACCAGUUACAAAGUAAGAGCUCAAGCAGUUUUAAGACAAAAUCAAACCGUUGAUAAAAGCCAAGAAGAACAAUUGAAAGAGGAGAUUGCCGCACUGAAGACUCAAGUCGACACUUUAACUCAGAGACUUACGGCGAUGGAACAGCAGUGCGCGGAGGCGCGGGCGGAGGCGGAGGGCGGCCGCAAGCGGCUGGCGGAGGCGGGCGCGGAGGCGGCGCGCGCGCAGCAGCGCACGGCGCGCCUGCAGGCCGACCUCGCGCGCCUCUCGCACCUGCUGGACUCGGAGCGCUCGCAGCACAACAUACAGAUUUCAACAUUAACUCAAUGUUAUAAGUCACAAAUAAGUGACCUCGAAGCGAAACUACAAAAAGAAGCGGAAAAUUACAAGAAACAGAUUGCAAUUUUGCAAGAAAGUACGAAAGCAGGAAAUUCUGACGAAGAAAACAAUCGUGCCAAAUACAUGCUCCCCGUGAUUCCCAAAGAGGAAGGAAGUGAUAGCGAACUGGACAUAAACGUGUCGCUCAUACCGCGAGAGGAGGGAGAGGGAUCCGAAGCUGCCCCGUCCCCCCCACUGUCGAAGUCGUUCCUCUCGGGUAGAGACAGACGGUCGCCGGUGCCACUUGAACGGUUAUUGGAAGACGGCGUGCCCGAUAACGAUUCCCUCGACACUGCCUCACUAGCCCUCACCUCCGAACAGGAGAUAGCGGAGCUUAGGAGGAAGUUCACAGCACAGCAGCAGAGAGUGAAGCACGUGACGGUGCUGCUGGCGGAGUCGGAGCGCGAGUGCGCGCGGCUGGGCCAGCUCAGCGAGCUGCUGAAGGGCGAGCUGCGGAGAGUGCGCGCCGCCGCGCCCCACGCGCACAACACCGAGUACAUGAAGAACGUCACGCUCAAGUUCUUGACACUGCCGCCGGGAGAUGAGCGUAGCCGCUUAGUUCCAGUCCUGCAAAAGAUUUUAACGCUUUCUUCGGAGGAGACCCAAAAAAUACAAGCAAUCGCUAAAGGGUACGAUCCAAACCCGAGCAAAGGAUGGGGCAGCUAUUUACCAUGGCCUGCAGGAAAAUGAAAAUAUCGUUAACAAUGUUAAAAUUGGAAAAAAAAUAUCUGUGAUUUAAAUUACAUAUUUGAUAAAAAUAUUGAUUGACCUUAUGGAUUACUAUGUAAAGAUUAAAUAAUUUCUAAAUAACAAAAUAGCAAAACAUGUAUUCGAAUAUUAAAUUCGUUGUUAGAAAAGUA